UUAUACGCAGAAUAAAAAAAAAAAAAUACCCACAUAACUGGUGAUAGGCGAUAGUAUCCAAUUAUGAACCACGCCACCACCCAAAAUUACAACCCAUGUGCAGAAAAUCGAUAUUCUAGUCAAACUACUAGUAUCACUGCUUGUGGUACUUACCCCGUGUAUAGUAAAAAAUGUAUCUUAUUAACUAAAAUGUAUAAAUAUGGUUGGAUGCGCACAUUAAUAUAUACAAAAGAAGGAUAUUUAACCACAUCGCAGAUAUUAGUCUAAAUUGGUUGCAGACUGUGUAGUCUUGACAAUUAUUUAAUAUCUCUCGGUUUUGCUGAAUUAAUGCACGUACAUAUGUACAUACAUACAUAUGUGCAUAAUGUAUGUGCAUGUGAAAGUAUAUGGGCUUGUGGAUACUAUUUGUGAAACUAGAUUCCGUGCUUUGCAAUGAUCAGUGGUAAAACUGGAAAAUUAACAAUGCAUCUUGUUCGUAGUAACUUUUGCCAACGAUGAUUAUUUGAAAUCGCCGUCAACAAAUAUUGGAGUCCAACUACAGAAUUCGCCUACAUCGUACAGAACCGAUCAUAUCAACAUGACAGGGGCAGAAGCUGAACAAAAUAUGAAUGACACAUCGGUUAAACUUAACCAAAGUGUAACAUUUGUCCGGAGUAGUGGAAUCACUAAUGGAGCUGUUUUUCAUGAGGAAGUCAUUGAAACCGAGUGGAAUUUCCCUCCAAAAGUGCCAACUCCGCACAUCUACCAUUGCAUUAACCCAGAUUUACUGGUGGGAAGUGAUAAGAACGGCUUUAAAGGACUUCGUAAGCAAUUUAGUGGGCGAUUUAAACGCUUAGUUACUCGAAAAGUAGAACACGGCCCAGUGAUACCUCCGGAAUUAAAGCCACAAUUAAAAACAAUAUACGUGUACUAAUUUUGGAAGAAACUUCGAUGACAAGCACAAAUGAUUCAAUAUAUGCACGCAUAUAUAAUAUUCAUGUAUAGAUGUACUCGUAUGUAUUUUUAUAUAUUGUGAAAAACAUUAGUGAUAAUAAAAGCAAGAUAAACUAAGCUCCAAAUUUAA